GCUAUGAAGAUGUGAAAUUUCAUGUGCUUCUGAUAAAUGUAGGCGCAACAGAGUAUUGACCACUUGUGCUUGUGAGGGAAUGGCUGCAGCCAGGCCUUGGCGUGCUCCUCCAAACCCCUCCCUUGUCACCUCCAUAACUUCACUGCUUCAAACCCUAAAUCCCCAGAACGCCAACAUCAGUUCCCAACCCCUUAAUCAGUUCGCUUCUUAUCUCAAUCCAGACUUAGUUAUCCAAGUAAUUAAGAACCAGAAAAACCCCUUCCACGCCCUCUUCUUCUUCAAUUGGGCUUCCAACCCUCAACCUAACCCUAAAAACUACUUCCAUACUCGCUCCUGUUACAUCGCCAUCACUGACGUCUUGCUUUCUCACUCCCUUUUCUCCACCGCCUUCUCCCUCCUUCACCACUCUCGCAAAGUCUCUGACUUUAUCAUCGCCAGAUUCAUCAAAGCUCUCGGUGAUAGUGGCGAUAUUAGGGGUGCCAUUCAUUGGUUCCACUAUGUUAAAUCGUAUGAAAGAGGCCGUUGUUUGUACUCCUAUAAUUCGGUUUUAGGUGUGUUGGUGAGAGCGAAUCGAGUCAAUUUGGCCAAGGCUUUCUACGAUCAGCUUGUGAAGGAAGGUGUGGUGGUUCCCGAUGUUUAUACUUACACCACGAUGAUUAGGGGCUUCUGUAAAACGGGUAUGGUGGAGCACGCCAGGAAGGUGUUCGAUGAAAUGAAAUGUGACCCGAACUUGUUCACUUACAACGUAAUGAUCAAUGCAUUUUGUAAGAAAGGUGAUAUGGAUAGUGCCAAGAGGAUUAUUAAUGAAAUGAUUGAAAGUAAGAAAUGUGCACCAGAUGUGGUAACUUACACGACUUUGAUUGAUGGUUACUCUAAAAAAGGUGAAUUGCAGGAGGCAAUGAAUUGUAUGAUGGAGAUGGCGAAGCACGGUUGUGAGCCUAAUGUCUUGACCUACAAUGCGCUUAUAGAAGGUCUCUGUUUGAGCGGGAAGGUAGAUGAAGGGAAGAGGAUGAUGAGUAGGAUGCGGUUAAAUGGUCUAAAAGACAAUGUUGUCACUCAUACGAGCAUAAUAAAGGGAUUUUGCAUUGUAGGCAAGUCUGAUGAAGCUAUCAAGCACAUGAAGGAAAUGGUUAGUCUUAGGAUGAAUCCAGAUGUGAAGUCAUAUGGCAUUAUUGUUAACGAGUGUUGCAAAAUCAGAAAACCAGAUGCAGCAAUUUCAUUUCUAAGAGAAAUGAGGGCCAGAGGCAUUAAGCCUAGCGUGUCAAGUUUCAAUGCAGUGUUUAGAGUUUUUGUGGACAUAGGGAAGCUACAAGAAGCCAUUCUUCUUUUAAAGCAGAUGCCAGAAUUUGGCUGCUCGCCUAAUUUCUUAUCAUAUAGCGCAGUGAUAUGUGGCCUUUGUAAAAUGAAGAGUAGGAUGCAAGAAGUUGAAAAGUUGGUUAGGGAGAUGCUUCAGAAUGGACAUCACCUGGAUGCUACCAUGUACAACUGCUUGCUUAGAGCAUACUGUGAGGACGGCAAUGAGCAAAUGGCAAUUCAGACGGUUUAUGAAAUGAUUAGUAAUAACUUUGUAGUUAGUUUAGAUGCAUUCUCUAAUUUUGUCAAGGUGUUGUGCGGGAAGCGAUAUAACAGAGAGGUUGAGAUAAUAUAUGAAGAGAUGCUUAGGAGACGCCUAGUACCUGAACCUGACGCGGAUUCAUACAAAGGGAUUUUACUUUCAACUGAGGAUUCUUACUUAAAUUCAACAUAGUAACAGUGGAGAAUCUGCUUGCCCAGUUCUCACCGUUGUUUAAGUCAUCAAGUGUGCAAAAGAGGGAAAUGAUGUUAAAGGCAUUAAAAGCAGGACCAAGGGUUCCCAGUCCCAGUUGUGCUUUGGACAUUGGAGCAGAUCUCUGAACGUUUGACCAGGAUAUGUAUUUGUUAUCAUCGCGAUUGGCAUAAACAUUCAGUUGAGUGUAGAUGACUGAUAAUAGAAUUAUUAUUAUUGCCUGAACGACGUAGCAUUGAGUUUAUGAUA